GGAGCCCUGCGGAGCUGAGGGCGGAGCGUCGCAGCCGAUGGCUGGGAGCCGGGCUGGGAGGCGCUGGGCGAGCAGUGGGUUCCAGACGCGUUGCCGCCUGGUUGGGAGGCUGGCAUGGCUGUGUGCUUGUGAGCGCCGAGCGCGCAAGUGGCCGCUGCCACCAUGCCCGGGGGCGUGGGCGCUGCCCGGCUGUGCCUGCUGGCGCUCGCCCUGCCGGGAUGGACCAGAAGAGGAAGUGUGGAAGGCAGCCCCCAGCUACAGCAUGAACUGAUAAUACCUCAGUGGAAGACGGCAGAAGGCCUCAUGAGAGAAAAGCAUCCACUCAAAGCUGAGCUCAGGGUAAUGGCUGAGGGACAACAACUGAUCCUGGACCUGGAGAAGAAUGAGCAACUUUUUGCUCCAGCCUACACAGAAACCCAUUAUACUCCAAGUGGUAACCCUCAAACCACCACGCUGAAGUCCGAGGAUCACUGCUUUUACCACGGGACAGUGAGGAACGCAGAACAGUCCAGUGUCACGCUCAGCACUUGCCGGGGAAUGAGAGGACUGAUUGUGGUGACCAGUAACCUCAGCUACAUCAUCGAGCCCCUCCCUGACAGCGAGGGCCACCACCUUAUUUACAGAUCUGGACAUCUCAAGCUGCCCCCCGGGAAUUGUGGGUUCAAGCACUCCACACCCACUGCCAGGGACUGGGUCCUUCAGUUUACUAACCAGACCAAGAAACGACCUCGCCGGAUGAAAAGGGAAGAUUUACACGCCAUGAAGUAUGUGGAGCUUUACCUCGUAGCUGACUAUGCAGAGUUUCAGAAGAAUCGACGAGACCAGGAUGCCACCAAACACAAGCUCAUGGAGAUCGCCAAUUACGUUGAUAAGUUUUACCGAUCCUUGAACAUCCGGAUUGCCCUUGUGGGCUUGGAAGUGUGGACUCAUGGCAAUAUGUGUGAAGUUUCAGAGAACCCGUACUCUACCCUCUGGUCAUUUCUUGGUUGGAGGCGCAAGCUGCUCGCCCAGAAGAAACACGACAAUGCACAGUUGAUCACGGGCAUGUCCUUCCACGGCACCACCAUCGGCCUGGCCCCCCUCAUGGCCAUGUGCUCCGUGUACCAAUCUGGAGGAGUCAACAUGGACCACUCUGAGAAUGCCAUCGGUGUGGCUGCCACCAUGGCCCACGAGAUGGGCCACAACUUCGGCAUGAGCCACGAUUCCGCAGAUUGCUGCUCAGCCAGUGCGGCUGACGGUGGGUGCAUCAUGGCAGCUGCCACCGGGCAUCCCUUUCCCAGAGUGUUUAAUGGGUGCAACAGGAGGGAGCUGGACAGGUAUCUGCAGUCAGGUGGUGGGAUGUGUCUCUCCAACAUGCCAGACACCAGGACCCUGUAUGGAGGCCGGAGAUGUGGGAACGGGUACCUGGAAGAUGGGGAAGAGUGUGACUGUGGGGAGGAAGAGGAAUGUGACAACCCCUGCUGCAAUGCCUCUAACUGCACCCUGAGAGAAGGAGCAGAGUGUGCCCACGGCUCCUGCUGUCACCGGUGUAAGCUGCUGGCCCCUGGCACUCUGUGCCGGGAGCAGGCGCGGCAGUGCGACCUCCCGGAGUUCUGCACGGGCAAGUCUCCCCAUUGUCCCACCAACUUCUACCAGAUGGACGGCACCCCCUGUGAGGGCGGCCAGGCUUACUGCUACAACGGCAUGUGCCUCACCUACCAGGAGCAGUGCCAGCAGCUGUGGGGGCCUGGAGCCCGACCUGCUCCUGAUCUCUGCUUCGAGAAGGUGAAUGUGGCAGGGGACACCUUUGGAAACUGUGGGAAGGACAUGAACGGAGAACACAGGAAGUGCAACAUGAGAGAUGCCAAGUGUGGUAAGAUCCAGUGUCAGAGUCCCGAGGCCCGGCCCCUGGAGUCCAACGCCGUCCCCAUCGACACCACCAUCAUCAUGAACGGGAGGCAGAUCCGAUGUCGGGGCACCCACGUCUACCGAGGCCCCGAGGAGGAGGGGGACAUGUUGGACCCAGGCCUGGUGAUGACCGGGACCAAGUGUGGCUACAACCAUAUUUGCUUCGAGGGGCAGUGCAGAAACACCUCCUUCUUUGAAACGGAAGGCUGUGGGAAGAAGUGCAAUGGCCACGGGGUCUGCAACAACAACCAGAACUGCCACUGCUUCCGGGGCUGGGCCCCGCCCUUCUGCAACAUGCCCGGCCAGGGGGGAAGCAUCGACAGUGGGCCCAUGCCCCCCGAGAGUGUUGGUCCCGUGGUAGCUGGAGUUUUCUCAGCCAUGUUUGUGCUGGCGGUCCUCAUGCUGCUGUACUACUGCUGUAAACAGAACAACAAACUGGGCCAACUCAAGCCCUUAGCCCUUCCCUCCAAGCUGAGGCAACAGUUCAGUUGUCCCUUCAGGGUGUCUCAGAGCAGUGGAACUGGCCAUGCCAACCCAACGUUCAAGUUGCAGACGCCCCAGGGCAAGCGAAAGGUGACCAACACCCCUGAAACCCCACGGAAGCCCUCCCAGCCUCCUCCCCGGCCCCCUCCGGACUAUCUGCAUGGCGGGUCCCCACCUGUGCCCUUAUCUGCACACCUCAUCAGGACGCCUAGGAACUCCCCAGGGGCCUGGGCCCAAGUAGAGAGGAAGGAGUCAUCCAGGAGGCCUCCCCCAAGCCGGCCAGUGCCCCCUGCACCAAAUUGCAUUCUUUCCCAGGAUUUCUCCAGGCCUCGGCCACCCCAGAAGGCGCUUCCAGCUAACCCGGUACCAGGCCGCAAGGGCCUCCCCAGGCCAGGCGGUGCCUCCAUACUGCUGCCCACUGCCGCUGGUCCUCAUCAGUCCCAGCCUCUGAUAGCACCUGCCCCAAAGGUUCCUGAAUACAGAUCACAGAGGGCUGUGGGGAUGACUAGCUCGAGAAUCUAGACCUGUCUAAGGGCUGCUCCCUUUGCUUGAGGAAUCUGAACACCACGGCCUCUGGAAGAAGCCUGUCUGGCCACCUCUGAGCUCCUCCUCACCUCCCGCCUUCCUCCUGGGACCACCGCAUCUCCAAAAAUCUCCUUCUGGACUCAGACCUCCUCGGCCUCCUUGGAGGCCCAGAGGGACUUCUAUCUGAAGGCAUCCAAGUGUUGUUUUGUGCAAUAUACAGCCCCGGGUAGGGAGAGGGGAGCGCAGGAGAGGACGAAUGGCAGCUCUUCUCCAGCCUCCCUUCAACUGGCCCCUCACCUCAGAGAUGCCAAUAGGGACGGCCCAGGCUGUCCGAGCUGAUGAGCCCAGCUGGGAAAAGUCCCCUUUAGCCCUUCAGGUGAGGACUUAGCUUGGAGAAGCCAUCCAUCCUCGUCCUAUGGCGGAGGGUUUGCAUGAGAGCUUUCCAUUGAGUCUGUCUUCCUAGAAGGUCCCAGACUAGACAGGCUGGACACUGGCCCAUUUUUUGUAGCUCUGAGAUUGAGAACUGUGGCCCUGCCCAGGGCUUGGUUGACAUCACAGCUUCUGGCUCUGCGGCCACAUGUGAACAAGUCAAGUCCCCUCCUCGCCCCACUCCCCAAAUUCUCAUAUCCCCUUAUUUCCAUGGGUCACUCUGACUCAGACAGGUACUAUUUGUAGGCAGUGUAGACAGCAGGGGGAGCACCAGGCCUCCUCUGAGCCGUAAUGCCAAAGGUUUUGACUCUUGACUCAACGAUAAUUCUUGGUUGCCCUUUGUUUUUGCUUCUGCACUUUCCAAGUCGCCCGUGGUUUUGAUUUCUCCUUCCCCGCUUGGGCCCAUAUAACGUGUGGUGCUGUGCAGGGUGGACCCUCAGCAGUCCCGAUGUCCCGGGGAUCUGGUGCUAGUGACCUACAAGUCAGGGUCCUGCCAAUGGAGCGCCUACCUUGGUUCUCAAGAGUAUUGACCUCAGUAGACUUGGGCCGUGGCUGUGGGCAUCGUGGCUUUAUUUUCUGUUGUGUUUUGUGGCCUCAGCAGGGUGAGGGUCUCCCUCCUACUUCCUGACCUAAAUCUAAGGAAAGUGGAGUCCCCGGGGGCAGCAGCAGGUGCAGUGCAGGGAGUAGACAUCCUAGGAACUCCAGCCCGUCCCUUGAGGCAGGCCCGUUGCUGCCUGAGCAGAGAGCACACCUGUCUCUAGAGGUCCCUAGAAAAGCAGCAGUCAGCAGCCUUGAUGGAACAGUCUGAGCUGGGGCCAACCAGGCUGUUUAGGACCCACUUCCUCUGUUCCCUCCUCUGAUCCCUGCCUUUAUCUGGCCCUCACAGAAAGAACUCAACACAGACUGGCGGCUGCCACUGCAGUGGGUCCUACCAUCCCCGGGGCAGGGCAGGAGGGCUGUGUCACUGGAAUGUUCUCUGGGACUGCCUCCCACCCCCAGAAAGGUGCUGUGUGGCUGGGGCCCCCCCACUUCCUGCAGUGAGCAGUUGUUUACUCUUGAAAACCUCAAUACAAGGAAGAGGCUUGAGCUUUCACUCCCCAACCCCGACCGCAGGGCCCCCUUACAGUUCUCUGCACACAGUAGGUGCUCAAUAGAUGUUCCUGGGUUUGUAGACAAGGGAGAGAUGUGGGAUCUGUACCUGGGGACACAUGGGGGGUGGAUUAGAAAGAUCUCAGGAAAAUGAGGUUCUCUUCCCUCAGGUAGUCACGGUAUUCAUGCCCCUUGCUCCCCGACACAGGCCCUGGUUGUCCCCCAUAACCAAUGGUCCCUCCUCCUUGCUGCCGGAUUAAGUCAGGGGACACCCUGCCAUUUAGUGUGCUACUCCAAAGGUCCCAGGUCUCCAGGCUGGGUCCCAGAAAAGGAAAGGGGAAAACAACCCCCGCAAAAAAGAAAACAAACCCCCCGUGAUCCUUACAGCCAAACCCACGGCUCACAGGCAGUCCGGAGGCUUGUCCAGCUUUCCCCCCAAACCAGGAGGUAGAAGGCUUGGAAGGGAAAUGCCACAGCCAUUGUGGCUACUUGAGCCUUUUGAACCCGAAAUCCACCCUCCCUGGAACCACACCAGAAAGAGACCUGGGUUGUUGCUUUCUUGGUGUUUUUGUUUUCCAUUAUUUUAAUACCACCUUCCCUCCAUCCCAUAAAAUUCUACUGUGAACUGGAAGACGGUCACAUGUUAAAAUCUGAUAGAGACUUUAGCAGCCGAUUCUACUGACUGUUUUCCUCCUGGUUCUGUUUGGGGUGCCGGGCACUGUCAUUCUUGUAGGCCGAAGCCCAGGAGCAAGACCUGCCAUGGUGCACCCCCGUCUCCCUCCUGGGCUCGUGUGCUGCUUUGAGGUGACAAAACUAAAUACGGAUUUCAGGAAGGGGGCACUUGAUUUGAAAGGAUUACUGCAAGCCUGGGGAAGGGAAUAUUGCGGUUAGGGCAGGGAGCUAUUGCAAUAGAGAGAACGCUGCUGCGAGGUCUCCCAAAGCUUUUGCUCAGAGGGAAGAGAACUUUCCUUUGUAGGAAGGAGUGAACUUGGCUAGAAAGAAGCACCGCCAAGCACUGUCUCCGUGCUCAGCCUUUUGGAGAGGGGCUGUGUAUUGGCUCAGGCUGAGAGUGGGUCCCAGUUCAGAGUCUGGGGGGGAGGGACGGAGGAAAGGGGCUUAAUUAAGCCUUGGUGGAGUGAGUUGACCAGCCCUUUGUUCAGAUGGAGAUGCAUAUAAAUCUUUUUAAAAGCUAAUUUAGCCUUCUGCCAGUUUUACAACCCUGGAAAUGUUUUUUUUAAGAGCCUGGGAGCCAUCUCUGAAAUGUAAACCUCAGGGGACCCAAGGGAGAUAGCGCCUGGCUCCCUGUCUCAGUGGGAGCUUUGGCCCAGGCACCUGGCUCCCAGUCGUAACUACCUGCUUGCCCUGGGUUCUCUUUUAGACUUGUUUACUUCUCCCUAUAAAAGCCAAGUCCCUUCCUGCCCCAGUUCUGAGACACUUGCAGACCUCAUGGUGUUGCAGUAGCCCCUUCCCCCUAUUGCAGUAGUCCCUUACCAUUCCUUGCAAUAAUCCAAAGCCCCCGCCCCCCUUAGCUAUGUCCAAAUUUGUUAUGUGGGAGAGGGGAUGGAAGACUUACAUAUUUAAAUUGAGGACCAGUUCUAAAGUCAGUGGUUGUAUUAACUGUGUGUAUAACAGCUCUGCUGGACACCUAAUAAGAAAGCCAAGGAAAUACCAACUGGAAGGUGCUAAGAGGGGUUCUGCAGAAUCCAAGCCAAGCGCCCCCUAAGUUACCCUUCCCCGCAUCCUCUCACACCAUCCACUAUGUGUAUGUAUGUGUCUGGGAUCCAGGGCAAUGUGAAUUUUCUUUUUUUGGGGAGAUUAUUCGUGGGAAACAGAUCCUCUUCUCUCUCGUUCACCUAUUAAUUGUUUACAAAAUUUAUACAUCUAUGCAAAAUACUUGAAUGGGCCAUGGUGCCUUUUUUCCUUGUUUAUAUUUAAUUAAAAUAAAUUGUCAUUUGAAAUGUU